CUUGGAUAUGAAGAAGAGUUCCGCGGCCUUGGCUUGACCAGUCGAAAGAAUCUCUGCUUGCAUCCUUCAGUAAAGCGUGAAAAGAAGGGCAACGUUGUCGAUGCGCGCUGUCGCUCUUUGACUGCUGGUUUUGUCAAGGAAAAGAAGCGUGCUGGAGAGGAUGUCGACUUGUGCAUCUACCAUGAGAACCUCGACUUGCUCGAAGCGCACAAUCUCAUCCCCAACGGUGUUUGGACGUUUGAUGAUAUUCUCCGGUAUGGAGAGACGCACAAGCAAUGUCCUUACUUUACAGCGCGACGAAUGAUGCCCUUGUGCAAUAUCAUCAUCUACUCCUAUCACUAUUUGCUCGAUCCUAAGAUUGCUGAUCGAGUCUCGAAAGAGCUGUCAAAGGACUGCAUCGUUGUGUUUGACGAGGCUCACAACAUUGACAAUGUCUGCAUCGAAUCGCUCAGUAUUGACUUGACGGACGAUUCUCUGCGCAAAGCAACGCGGAGUGUCAACAGCCUAGACCAAAAGAUCACCGACAUGAAAGAAACUGACGCCGACAAGCUACAAAACGAGUAUCAGCGCCUGGUCGAAGGUUUACGGGAUGCGGAUGCAGCACGAGAGGAAGAUGCAUUCAUGGCAAACCCCGCAUUGCCAGAUGAUCUUCUCAAAGAGGCCGUGCCUGGUAACAUCCGCCGUGCAGAACACUUUGUCGCUUUUUUGAAGCGCUUCAUUGAGUAUCUCAAAACGCGCAUGAAGGUACUGCAUGUCAUCGCGGAAACUCCGGCCUCCUUCCUGCAGCACCUCAAAGACCUGACAUUUAUUGAACGCAAGCCGCUCAAGUUCUGUGCAGAGCGACUCACAUCACUCAUUCGCACACUGGAACUCACAAACAUUGAGGAAGUGCAGUCCUUGCAAGAAGUAGCGAGUUUUGCUACACUAGUUGCCACGUACGAAAAAGGCUUCCUGCUCAUUCUCGAGCCUUUCGAAUCAGAGGCUGCCACUGUGCCGAAUCCAGUCUUUCAUUUCACCUGCUUAGAUGCCUCUAUUGCAAUAAAGCCGGUCUUUGAGCGAUUUAGCUCGGUCGUCAUCACUUCAGGAACGCUGUCUCCACUCGACAUGUAUCCAAAGAUGCUGGCCUUCAACACCGUUGUCCAAGAGUCGUACUCCAUGACUCUGGCGCGCAAUUGUUUCCUGCCAAUGGUCAUUACACGAGGUGGGGAUCAGGUCGCCAUCAGCUCCAAGUUCGAGGUACGAAACGAUCCGAGUGUUGUACGCAAUUAUGGCAACAUUCUGAUUGAGUUUUCGCGCAUCACACCUGAUGGAGUGGUCGCCUUCUUCCCAAGUUAUCUCUACAUGGAAUCCAUCAUUGCCAUGUGGCAAAGUAUGGGCAUCUUGGAUGAGGUUUGGAAGUACAAGCUCAUCUUGGUCGAGACGCCCGAUGCACAGGAAACCAGUCUUGCGCUGGAAACCUACCGCACAGCGUGCGAGAAUGGGCGAGGAGCCAUCUUCCUGUGUGUUGCUCGAGGCAAGGUGUCUGAGGGUAUUGAUUUUGAUCAUCAUUAUGGCCGCACCGUGCUCAUGUUUGGCAUCCCUUAUCAGUACACUGAAUCACGUAUCCUCAAGGCUCGUCUUGAGUUCCUUCGCGACAACUAUCAGAUCAGGGAGAAUGACUUUUUGACGUUUGAUGCCAUGCGUCAUGCAGCACAGUGUCUGGGGCGCGUUUUGCGUGGCAAGGAUGACUACGGCAUCAUGGUUUUGGCUGACAAGCGAUUUGGUCGUACAGAUAAACGAGCAAAGCUGCCAAAGUGGAUUCAGCAGUAUGUCACUGAACCAAACAGUAACCUCAGCACAGAUAUGGCUGUGGUCAAUGCCAAGAAGUUUCUGCGCACCAUGGCUCAGCCAUUCGGCGCAAAGGACCAGGAGGGUAUUUCUUGGUGGGACAAGGACCAAGUCAGGGCGUUCCAGGAGAAGAACAAGCCACAGCCAUUCAGUAAGCCACAGCAUGAUGCCGGGGUUGGAGAGUCGGACAUACCCGAGGACUUUUUCGAUGACGAUGAGAUGGAUAUCUAGAUUGAGCUCAAGAGCCUGCUGGUCGAACGUGCAGAUAUUCUAUCGGCGGUGUUGAACUGAACAAGCUUAGCAACAAUGUCGACGACUGUGUCUGAUACAUCA